UUGUUAUCAGUAUAAAAGGUACUGGCUUUUUAGGAUGAGAGUUGAUUGGAUUACUUUAGAAUUGUUAGGGCCUUAGAAUAGGACUGGGAACCGGUAAAUUUCUGGGUUCUAAUCCUAACUCUAUCAUUGACUUGUGUAUCCCUUUGCAAAUUAAUUAAUUAAUGUUAAUCCAGAACUUUGGAAAUACAAAGCAUUAUAUAAAUACUAAGUCUUCAGUCCAACAAACAUGCCUGAGAAGAACUUUACUCAUAGUGACAUUAAAGUCAAUGGUGCUACUCACAUGUGUGUUAAGCCUGUGCAUAAGUGCAUGAUCAGAGCCGUUGUUAUUGCUGCUACAUAAAUUAUUUAAAGGAGUAGAUGUUUACCUGCAAUCCUUAGAGAAGUCUUCCUACUGCCUACAGAUCUCGCUUCCUUGCCAUUUGAAGUGCAAUAGGCAGUGUUUCCACCUGCUUUCCUCUUGAGUCUGCCAUUGAGACAGCUAUGUUCUCUAGGUGAGAGAGGCAAUAGGGAUCAGUGGAUAGGCCACUAGACUGGGAGUCAGGAGACCAGAAGUCUACUUUCAUUCUGCUACCUCAAAAUAAGAAAACAACAUUGAGGAAGCCAUGGAGGGACUUCCAGCACACAAGAAAUGUCCAAAUAGUAACAAGGUGGCACAAAAUAAAUUGGUGCAAAAAGUGAACAAGUGUAUUCAAGUUGAUGUGGACUUAGAAGAAGAGUACCUCAGUGAAGAUCAGAACACUGCUACAACUAUCUACCCUCCAGAAACACCAACCCUUUCACGGCAGCCACUAAGAACUUCAGAGAACUCUCUGUCUUCCCAGCUACUGGCCUGUUCAGCACUGCCAAGGCAGUGUGCACCUCCACUUCCUGCUCUGCCACCGUCACUCCUGCCCCCGCCACCACCUCUGUGGCCUUGCGUUGGGCGAAGUAUGGGACUCAUGCCUCCCUCUUAUCCCCCAUCAUGCAGUAAUACUGCAUGUGAUGGUGCUUCUUCUGGACAUGAAAGCCAGCCUUGUCCUAAGAAGGUAAAGACACCAACAUUACGAAUGAAACCAUUUGACUGGCAGAAGCUUCCCUUGGAUGUGGUGAGAGAAAGUCGCUCCAUGUGGGCUUCAGUGACCAGCAGCAGCAAUGACUUUAUAGAGCCUGAUUACACAAGCAUAGAGCAACUCUUCUGUGUUUCACAAACAAGCCCCAAGGAGACAGCAGUACCCAAAAUAAAGGAACCAAAAGAGAUCACAUUUAUAGAUAUGAAGAAAAGCCUUCUCUUGAACAUAUUUUUGAAGCAAUUUAAAUGCUCGAAUGAGGAGGUUGCUGGCAUGAUUGAGAAAGGGGACAGGACCAAGUUUGAUGCUGACACUCUGAAGCAGCUAAUUAAGCUACUGCCUGAAAAGCAUGAGAUAGAGAGCCUGAAAUCCUGCAAAGAAAAAGCAAAACUAGCAAAUGCAGACCAAUUUUAUCUCCUGCUCCUUGGGAUUGCUAGCUACCAGUUGCGAAUUGAAUGUAUGCUGUUAUGUGAAGAGACAAGCAGUCUAUUGGAUUUGCUGUGGCCCGAAGCACACAUGAUCAGGAGAGCCUGUGAAACUCUUCUUACCAGUCACCGGCUGCCCAUUUUCUGUCAGUUGAUUCUUAAAGUUGGAAAUUUUCUGAACUAUGGGCGUCACACUGGAGAUGCUGGUGGUUUUAAAAUUAACGCUUUGCUCAAACUAACUGAAACCAAAGCAAACCAAACUCGUAUUACUCUGCUCCACCAUAUUUUGGAGGAAAUCGAAAAAAACCACGCGGAUCUACUACAGCUUCCCAGUGACCUUGAAUGUGUUUCAAAGGCAGCAGGAACCAACUUUGAAGUUAUGAAGGCAGAGACAGAUGCCCAUUUAAAGAAACUUUUGAAAAUUGAGCAUAACAUGUCAUCAAUAGGUGAUUUAAAAGCACAGUAUGGAAAAUCUAUUCAAGGCCAUAUAAACCUUUCAAAAGAACUGGAGGAGGAGCUUGGCACCAUUGCAAAGAAGGCGGCAGAACUUGCGGAUUACCUCUGUGAAGAUCGAAAUAAAUUGUCAUUAGAAGAUGUGUUUAACACAAUGAAAACCUUCAGGGAUUUAUUUAUCAAGACACUAAAGGAAAACCAAGAAAGGAAAGAACAAGCUACAAAGGCAGAGAAAAGAAAGAAAUUACUUGAAGAGGAGGAAGCUAAGCGUCAAAAAGGAGAAUAUGGAAAGAUUAUUCAAAAAGGAGAUGUGAGACCAGAAGCAUGUGUCCCUGAUGCCUUAUUAGCAGAUAUAAGGGAAGGCUUUCAGCUAUGGAAAACUACUAGGAACAAGUCUAAGCCAGAAAUUGUUCCCAAAACCUCACCUACUGAAACUGGUAAAAUUCCAAUUGUCUUCAGCAAGAAAGUACUUCAGCGUUUGGUCCUUAAAUAAUAAACUCGGAGAUGUCAAAAUGGUCAGCAUCAAUUGGAGAAGUGUGACUAAUUGUUCACCCUUAUCUACUACUUACAAUGGUGGAAGAUUCGAAGCUGCAAGUGAAACCAGUUGAAGGGAAAUGUAGUUUUGUUGUUUGCUUCUUCUUUUCUCUUUGAUCAUUGAUUUGCAGUGAUAAAGUGUAAUAGUGGUGAACAAGUACAAAGAACAGGCUCCAGGAAACAAGAUACAGAAACUGAGUGUCUGAUCAUUAGUACUUUGAAAUAUAAUGUAAAAUUGAAUCUUGACUGUUUAUUAAUGGAGCAUCAUUUAAAAAUAGGUAUACAUUGUAUUGUUUUCUAUUUGUACUUGAUGCAUAUUUUGUUCUUGUCUUUGUUCAUCUCAGUACAAUGCUAAAAAAAGUUGCCUGUUGUGUAUGUUUUGUUUUCUAUUAAGAAAAAAUGGUCAUUCUUUUACUAAACUGAGCCCUCCUGGUCUCUCUAAGCAUACCCCUUAGCUCUCAAGCCUCUAGAGGUCACCUGUCUCUCAGGAUGCAAUCACAUGAUUCUCUCACUCUCAGACCUGGCUCUGGGUUGCAAUCCCUUGGUACUAACUGUGAUUAUCUCAUCAGGUCUGACCUAGACACAGACCCUGCAGUCCUGUAUCUUCCAGGGCAAUGACCGUGAUAAUCAGUGACCAAACAGCCUUCU